GGCGGGGCCGGUGCGCGGGGCGGCUCCGCCAUGGCCGCGGGCCGCUCCCCGCCCACCUUCCUGCUGCUGGGGGCGGCGGGCGGCGGCAAGAGCCUCCUGGUGCGGCGGCUGCGCCAGCUGAGCGCCGAGCAGCCCGCAGAGCUGGGCGAGCCCCCGGCCACGCUGCCCACGGUGGGCACCAACCUGACGGACCUGCGGCUGCCGCGGAGAGUCACCGUGCGGGAGCUGGGCGGCUGCAUGGGCCCCAUCUGGCCCAGCUACUACAGCGAGUGCAGCGCUCUCCUGUUCGUGGUGGACGCCUCCAACCCCACGCAGCUCUCCUCGUCCUGCAUCCAGCUGCUCUCGGUGCUCUCCGCCGCGCCGCUCGCCUCCGUGCCCGUCCUGGUGCUCUUCAACAAGAUUGACCUGCCCUGCUACAUGUCGCUGGUGGAGAUGAAGUCGCUGUUCCGCAUGCAGGACGUGGUGGCCUGUGCCACGCAGCCCAUCACCAUGCUGGAGACCAGCGCCCGCGACGGCACCGGGCUGGCCGAGGUGCUGCAGUGGCUCCGGAGCGCCCUCCGAGAGCCCUGCUGAGCCCAGCCGGCAGCCCAGGACACUCCUGCCGCACGGGGAAAUGGCCCAGGAGCAGCUGCCCUCCUGGACAGCGCCUUGGGCUGCUGAUGGACUGCAUCCCCGUGGGACUUCACAGUAAAACCCCCACCACACUGUC